AACACAGCACGACAACAACAACAACAACAAUCAAAAAAACCACAAAUAGAUAAUUAUUCUGAGAUUUGUAAGAAGAAAAAAAAUAUUGAUUGACAUAUCUCCGGAACUGAUUGACUGAUGACCCGAAUUUUGAUGGACAAAAGAAAAAAGAUCCUAUCUAUAGAAUCUGAAAAUGGAUUGUAAAUGUUGGUAUUUGGCCAAGACCAACUUUUCCAAUGAUUUGUGGCAAUAUGUGUGAAUAUACAUUUGAAUGGAAUUCACGACGACAACAUAUGAAUUGAUGAUGAUGAUGAUGACGAAAUAAUAUAUAAGGAGCAAGGCAAAAAGAUUAUUCUUUUCGUUGUUGUUGACAUUGAAUGAAUAAAUGAAUGAAUGAAUUGUAGAACAAAUCUUUUACUCUUUUUUUGCCAGAAAAUAUUCUAUAUGCUAAAAAUGACUGUUUGUUUUUGAUUGUUAUUCUGGUGAUAAUGUCACAGAAUUUCACAAUGAUAUUCUUCUAUUGUCAUUUAAUCUUUUGUUUUCAUUCAUUCAUUCAUUCAUAGUUUUCAUCAUUUUUAAAUUUAUUCCUUAAAAAUGCCCUCAAAUAUGGAACCAUCAACUAAAUAUCAUCAUACAACUAUGGCCAUAUGGAAACAAGAAUUUGAAACCUUUUCGACAGAUUUCAUUCAUACAAUUCAAGCAUUUUGUCGUAUACAUUAUCGAAAUGAUUGUGAACAAGAUUGUCAUCUUGGUUAUAUUAUACAUACAAAACAUAAACGAACAUUUAUUUUUGGUGAAACAUUAUGUCGUUGGCUUUCAUUACGUUAUGAUGAUCCUUGUGAACUGCAAGAAUUACGUACGUUGAAUGGAAAAAUUAUCAAACAAGUUGAUUAUGGUCUUGAUUUUUUUGUUAUACUCACCACUGAUGGUUGUGUAUAUCUGGCCAGUUCUGAUCCAUAUUGGGAAACUGAUCGACAACUCAAAUGGAUUGACACCGGUUCCAAUCAUAUUGAACAGAUUGCCUGUGGACAUGAACAUUUACUUUUAUUACGUUCUGAUCAACGAUUAAUGGCUAUGGGUUGGAAUGGCCUAGGUCAAACAACCGGUACGGCUGAACAUUCACAUCGAUCAUUAGUUUAUACUGGAUUAGAAAAUGUAAAAAAAAUUGCUUGUGGUUGGGCACAUUCAUUAGCAUUAACCUAUACGGGUAGAGUAUAUUCAUGGGGCCUUAAUGAAUCUGGUCGUUUAGGAUUGAAUGAUGAAAUUAAUCGUAAUACACCCAAUCUUAUUGAAUUCGAGUGUGAUGAACAAUCAUAUCAAAUUAAGGAUUUUGUUGCCGGUGCUGCACAUACAUUAUUCCUGAUGGAAAACGGUACUGUAUAUGGUUGUGGAUGGAAUGAUAAUGGUGAGCUUGGAUCACCUGAUUUUGAUCAAUACGAAUUAUCACCAAUACGAUUACCGAUUGAAAAUGUAAAAGCCAUCGCAACCGGUUGGUCAUAUCGUUUUACGAUUGCAUUCACUAACGAUCAUCAAUGUUAUGUAUGGGGUGAGCUAGGACAAGACACAAUGGGUACAAUUAGAUUAUAUCAUCCAACAAAAAUUAUACCCAAUCUAUUAUCAUCAUCAUCAUCGUGGUCAUUUUCAGCCAUAUCAUCACUUUAUUUUAAUCCACCAUUGACAUUUGGUUGGUGUCAACGUUACACAAUGAAUAAACUAAAAGUUAAACAACCAAAUUUUAAUAAUAAAUAUUCACAACAACGUAUUGAAUGUGAUCCUGAACAUGAUUAUGUUAAUAUGAUGGUCAAACGUUUUUCAAUCACAUCUGAUCAUUCAUUAACAUUUCCUUAGAGAUAGAAAAAUAAUAAAAAUUGAUUUGAAAAAAUUUUAAAUUU